AUGGAGGCUGGGGAGAGGAUUGAUGCCAGCCAGCUGCCUCACAGGGUGCUGGAAACACGUGGCCAUGCCAUUAGCAUCCUGUUCGGCUUCUGGACGAGUUUCAUCUGUGACACCUACAUAGUCCUCGCUUGGAUCAGCAAGAUAAAAGGCAGCCCUGAUGUUAGUGCCUCCUCUGAUGAGCCAUACGCCAGAAUCCAGCAGAGCAGAAGGCAAUGCCACGCAAAAGAGGACCAAAGUCAGGUGCCAGAAGCAGGUGACAUCUCCACUCUCAGUUCUUUGGAGGCAGCUAUUUUAAUAGAACCACUUUACUGCAGCUAUUUUGACAUGAGGAUAUUUUGGUAUGGCUCAAAGAUUCAGCCGAUAAAUGUUCAGCUUUUUAAAAAAUAA